AUGUCAUUUGAAGAUUUUGCUUCAACAUAUACACGUACAUUUGGUCAAACACCAAUACGUCUUAUACGUAUGUCAUCACCAUUAACAGCAUAUGUUGGUUCAAUUGAUCAACCAUAUCGUCAUCUUGUACUUUUAUGUCAACCACAUUUUACAUCUAAAUCUAUAUCAAUUGCAUUUUAUUUAAAUGGUACAGCUUAUUUUGAAUAUUUAACUGAAGAUAAAAUUCGACAACGUUUACAAUUAUUAAAUAAUAUACGUAAAACAUCAUUUAAUUAUGAUGAUUUAGAAUCUAUAUUAAUACGUUUAAAAACAAUAUUAUCAACUGAUGGAAUUAAACAAGAUAAUAAUGAAUUACAUGCUAAACUUUUAUCAUCAAGAUUAUUAUCUAUUGAAAUAUAUCAAGAUGAUUUAAAAUUUAAAUUUCGUUGUGAUGAACGUCCAGAAUUAUUUGAACAACAUUAUGUUAGACAAUUAUUAAUACAAGUUAAAGAAUUAUCACAAAGACAAGAAUAUUUAUGUGAAUUAUUAGAACAUAAAGAUCAAUUACCACAAUUUGAUGCAAAACUUUUUUUAAGUACACCAAUGACAAUUAUUGAUGAUGAUGAAGACUCAGAUGAAGAUGAUGAAAUUUUAUCUUCAUCAACAACUCGUUGUUUAUGGAAAACAGCUUUUGGUCGUCGUGGUGCUGCACAAUUUCUUGAUGUAUGUCUACUUAAAAAACCUUAUAUGAAAGCAUUAGAAGAUAUGAGUGAUGAUGAACAAGAUAUAGAUACAGUUUCAUCUGUUUUAAAUACACUUAUUGAUAAAAUUGUUGUUCAAAUUAAUCAACAAAAUGAUGAUGAUGAUGAUGAUGUCGAUUUAGCAGUACGAAUUGGAAAACGUUCGUUGACAACAUCAACAGUGAAUUUAGAAAAUGAUGUACAACAAAUAAAACGAUUACGAAGCAAUACAACUAAUGCAAAUGUAUCUGUUUAA